UAUACAGUCAUAUACCUCAUUUUUUAUAAUUAAUUUGUGUCGGUUGACGUUGCAGCAGUGUUAUGUGUAAUUAAGUAAAAAUAAACGGUUUUGGACUUUCCUUUGUGAAUAAAAAAUUUACAAUACGCUCUCAAUACACCACUGAAUGUUAACGAAAAUAAAUUAAAGUACGCUUUAGGUGGACACCUCAGAAAUUGAGGUUAAAAAUUUCUAGUCAUUGUAUGUAAGUUUGGAAGAGCAAGAAUGAAUCUAAAAAUAAUAUUAUUACUGUAUGUUUCUGUAAUAAUCUCAAAUUUAGUGGUAGUGGCCGAUGAUAUUGAUGAUUUGGAUGAAGCCACAGUUGAAGUAGAAGACCCUGAAACUGUAGAUAUUCCUUACAAGAGUCCAAUCCCCACUGACCCUAGUAAGAUAUAUUUUGCAGAACAUUUUGAUAAUCCAUCUCAUUUUGCUAAAAAGUGGAUCAAAUCACAAGCCAAAAAGGAAGGUAUUUCUGAAGAUAUAGCUAAAUAUGAUGGAGAAUGGAAUGUUGAACCAGCACAACGAGAUGCCUUAAUUGGUGAUAGUGGCCUUGUUUUGAAAUCAAAAGCUAAACAUGCAGCUAUAUCAUCCCUGUUGGACAAACCUUUUGUAUUUAAAGAUAAACCAUUAAUUGUCCAAUAUGAAGUAAUUUUACAAGAUGGCCAGGACUGUGGUGGGGCUUAUCUUAAGCUUCUGAGUAAUUUAGAAGAUAAAAAAUCACUGGCAAACUUCCAUGACAAAUCUCCUUACUCUAUUAUGUUUGGUCCUGACAAAUGUGGCAGUGAUCACAAAUUACAUUUUAUCUUUAAGCAUAAGAAUCCUUUGAAUGGUUCUGUUGAAGAAAAGCACUGUAAAAAACCCCAAGAACGUCUUGAAGACAUCUAUUCAGAUAAAUUGCCCCAUCUUUAUACAUUAACUAUUCAACCUGACAACAGGUUCGAAGUAAGAAUUGAUGGGAAUGUGGUGAAUUCUGGUAGUUUAUUGGAAGACUUUGAACCACCUGUAAAUCCUCCAAAAGAAAUUGAUGAUCCAAAUGAUAAGAAACCAGAAGAUUGGGAUGAAAGGGAAAAGAUUCCUGAUCCAGAAGCUGUCAAGCCAGAUGAUUGGGAUGAAAGUGCACCUGCUCAAAUAAUAGAUGAAUCUGCAACUAUUCCUGAUGGUUGGCUGGAAGAUGAAGAGAAAUUUAUUCCUGAUCCUAAUGCAAAGAAGCCUGAUGAUUGGGACACAGAAAUGGAUGGAGAGUGGGAGCCUCCUCUUAUUGAAAAUCCUGCUUGUACUGAGGCACCAGGUUGUGGCAAAUGGGAACCCCCCCUUAUCGAUAAUCCAGAAUACAGAGGAAAAUGGAGAGCACCCCUAAUAGAUAACCCCAAUUACAAAGGGAAAUGGAGGCCAAGGAAGAUUCCAAAUCCUGAUUUUUAUGAGGAUAAGGAACCGUUUAAAAUGCAAAGCAUUGCUGCUGUUGGUUUUGAACUGUGGUCGAUGUCCAAAGAUAUUUACUUUGACAACAUUAUCAUCGCAGAUGACGCGGGCGUUGUAGAAGCUUGGGCACAAGAAACUUACCAAAAGAAAAAAAUGAAAAUUGUUAAAGACAAUGAGAGCUUGAUCCAACGUUUAGCCAAGUUGACCAACGAGUACCCAAUACUGUGGCUUCUUUACAUAAUUGUUUGUGGCAUUCCUGUUGCCUUUGUUUUAUACUGUUGUUGUAGACCCACAUCUAAGCCUAACCAGGAGCAAGAGGAACUUAAGAGAAUGGCAGAAAAGAAAAAAACAGAUGAAGCCACUCCAGAUACUGUUGAAGAUGUACCUGAAGAACAGCAAGAAGAGGAAGACGAAAAGGGCAGUGAAGAAGACAAAAAAUCGAAACAUCCUAUACGAGACGAAGAAAAAGAUUCUGGAAGUGAAGAUGAAGAUGAAGACGAUGAAGGAGAGGAAUCUGCUAAUGUAGAGCAACCCCCUCCUGGUCAAAGUGGAGAAGGUGACAUACCAAGAAAGAGAAAACCUCGUAAAGAAUAAAGAAAAAA